AUGUCAGGCGCAAGGCAUUGGGAGCAGGACAAAGAGGCCACCGUCUAUAUUGGCAACCUUGAUGAGCGGGUCACCGAUAGCCUGGUAUGGGAGCUCAUGCUACAGGCAGGGCGCAUCGUUAACGUUCACCUGCCGAAAGAUCGGGUCACGCAGUCACAUCAAGGAUAUGGAUUCGUCGAGUUCAACAGCGAGGAGGAUGCCGAAUAUGCGUCUCGGAUAAUGAAUGGUAUCCGUCUAUAUGGGAAACCCAUUCGCGUCAACAAAGCCUCCGCCGAUAAGCAAAAGUCGGUUGAGAUUGGCGCAGAACUUUUUGUCGGGAACCUCGACCCCAUGGUCACAGAGCAAGUACUCUAUGACACAUUUAGCCGCUUCGGCAACCUGGUCAAUUUACCAAAGAUCGCAAGAGAUGACAGUAAUCUAUCCAAAGGCUAUGGAUUUGUGUCAUUCGCCGACUUUGAGUCCUCGGAUGCUGCCAUUGCCAACAUGAAUGGCCAAUAUCUCAUGAACAAACAGGUCUCUGUGCAAUACGCAUACAAGAAGGAUGGAAAGGGCGAGCGCCACGGAGACCAGGCAGAGCGAAUGUUGGCCGCACAAGCUCGUAAACACAACGUACGACCGCCGACGCAAAGUAUUCCACCGUCAUACGCAGCCCCCGCCACACCUAUCGUACCCGGCGCAAUGCCCAACGGCGAUGCUUCAAGACCAAUGAGCGCAGGACCACCAGAUCAGGGUAUGGGAAGGGGCCCAAUCCCUCCACCACCAAAUGUUGGUUUCCCACCGAAUAUGGCACCCCCAUCACAGCCACAGAGUCGGCCAGUACCUCCUCCAGCUUCACUAGCGACUCCUCCCCCAGGUCUCCCAGCGCGACCGCCUCCUUCGCAGGCUGGGUACGGAGGCCCGCAAACUUUCCUCCCUCCCGGUUUCAGCAACCCUGGCCAAGGACCACAUUUCCCUGCUCAGACUGCACCUCCACCAGGUUUUGCACCUCCGGGUUUCGGGCCGCCGUCUGGUAAUGCGGGUCCUCCGCCUCCAUUGCCGCCUGGAUUCCAACAGCUAGGGUAUGGCCGGGGGCGCUGA